GCAGAGAAGCAUCUGGCUCCUGGAAACCAGUUUCUAGCCGUCCAACUCGGCUGCCGAGCCGCGAGAGCCAACAGAUACUGCCUGGGACUAUUUGCCGGCGCGGAGGCGCACAGGGCGGUGCUGCGCUGCCAUCUUUGGUCCAUUCGUUGAUUUGGAGUCUGAGACAUGGAUGAGGAAUACGAUGUGAUCGUGCUGGGCACCGGCCUGACGGAAUGUAUCCUGUCCGGAAUCAUGUCUGUUAACGGGAAGAAGGUUCUGCACAUGGACAGAAAUCCGUACUACGGGGGGGAGAGCUCCUCCAUCACCCCCCUAGAGGAGCUGUAUAAAAGAUUUGAUCUUCAGGAGGGACCCCCGGAGAGCAUGGGAAGGGGCCGCGACUGGAACGUGGACCUGAUCCCCAAAUUUCUCAUGGCAAAUGGUCAGCUGGUGAAGAUGCUGCUGUACACGGAGGUCACGCGUUAUCUGGACUUCAAGGUCGUGGAAGGAAGUUUUGUGUAUAAAGGUGGAAAAAUAUACAAGGUGCCGUCCACGGAGACAGAAGCCCUGGCGUCCAACCUCAUGGGCAUGUUCGAGAAACGCCGUUUCCGCAAAUUUCUGGUCUUUGUUGCAAACUUUGAUGAAAACGACCCGAAAACCCUGGAAGGGGUGGAUCCAAAAACCACAACCAUGAGAGACGUCUACAAGAAGUUCGACUUGGGCCAGGACGUUAUAGAUUUUACGGGCCACGCGCUGGCGCUGUAUCGGACGGAUGACUAUCUGGAGCAGCCGUGUCUGGAAAGCAUCAGCCGCAUCAAGCUGUACAGCGAGUCCCUGGCCCGCUACGGCAAAAGCCCCUAUCUGUACCCGCUGUACGGCCUCGGAGAACUGCCCCAGGGCUUUGCCAGACUCAGCGCGAUAUACGGAGGAACCUACAUGCUGAAUAAAUCCGUGGAUGAGAUUGUGAUGGAGAAGGGGAAGGUGGUCGGCGUGAAGUCGGAGGGAGAGGUUGCGAGGUGCAAACAGCUGAUCUGCGACCCCAGCUACGUUCCCGAUCGAGUUCGUAAAGCCGGCCAGGUGAUCCGUGUCAUCUGUGUCCUGAGUCACCCCAUCAAGAACACUAAUGACGCCAAUUCGUGUCAGAUUAUCAUCCCACAGAAUCAGGUCAACAGGAAAUCUGACAUCUAUGUGUGUAUGAUAUCCUAUGCACAUAACGUGGCCGCCCAGGGGAAGUACAUUGCAAUCAUCAGCACCACGGUGGAGACGGCAGAAGCGGAAAAAGAGAUUGAGCCUGCGCUGGAGCUUCUGGAGCCCGUGGACCAGAAAUUUGUGGCGAUUAGUGACCUCUAUGAGCCAACGGACAAUGGAGCGGAGAGCCAGGUGUUCUGCUCGCGUUCUUAUGACGCCACGACCCAUUUUGAGACAACGUGCAACGAUAUCAAAGACAUCUACAAGAGAAUGACGGGAACGGACUUUGACUUUGAGAACAUGAAGCGCAAACAAAACGACGUAUUCGGGGAGGACGAGCAGUGAAGAUGUUUGGAAGCA